GUGGGGUCAUCUUGAUUCCCAUCAUAAAUGGUGUAAGAAACCAAACUGAAGUAUUAAGUAGGGAACAGAAACAAGACCGGGGAACUGAGAGGUUUAAGAGGAAGUCAGAACAGGGGCAAUGGCAGGGGCUUGAGAUGCAGGCAGAGGAAGAAGAACUGAAAUGGCUUCGGGAUUGUUUUGUGGGUACAGCAAAAAACCCGGUGAUCAUUAGCACUCUUCAAGACAAAUUUCUCAUGGAGGGAUACUUCUCAGCAAAAGUAACUCCUAUGGGAGGGAGCUUGGUCUUGAUCUCAUCCGUGGACUCCGAAGAGCUAAAACACUUAGUAGAACAGGGGAAGGAUUGGCUAGCUCAAUGGUUUUCCGACGUGAGACCAUGGAACCCUAAUGAAGUAGCUAUGGAGAGUGAUGGAGUAUCAAACUCGGAGGAGUGGUCGGAUGAGUCUAAUGGCGAAUUCUGUAAUGAGGAGGAAUGGGAAGACGAAUGGCAAGUAAUAGAGGAUGAAGACGAGGUGCUGCAACGCCCGGUGGUGGUGGAAGUUGCUCCUGUUGAACCAGAAAGAUCAAUAACAACAGGAAAGGAAAAAGAUGGAGUAUCGAACAAGCCUCUUACUCAUGAUGUCUCAUUUAAUGCAGUCAAUCAAAAUUCAAAUUUUGUGGUGGUUAGAGAGGAACUCGAGGCGAGAGGAGCAGUUGUUGCAUUGGAAAAUGCUAUUGAUUUCUCAGAAGAUAAGGAGAAUGGCAGCAAACAGAGAAGCACUGGACCUCAAAAUACCCAUAACCAACCAAACCCGGGUAAUGGCCCAAGGCAGAACUCCUUGGAAUUGGGCCAAGGACAGCUUAACCAAAACAAGGCUUGGCCCACAUGUGGAGAAAAGGCCAAGAAGGGUACUUUAGCAUCUCCUAAAUCUAGCAGCAACAAGAGGGCCUUUGAAGAAUUAAGAUCAAGAAGGAAAGAGAUGGCUAGUAUCGGAGAAAAUCUAAAUCAAAUCUCAGAAGAAAAUGCGAGGAACAGGGUAGACGCAAGAAAAAUUCAGGAGGAAGAGGAUCGGGAAACCCAACCAUUUUGGGAAAGGUUAGCGAGUGAAGACGAAAUCUUGCAGUCUAGGGCAGAAAGGCUCGCAAGAGAUAGAAAGAGAAAAAGACAGAUGGAGAGAAGGAUGAGGAAAAGGAUUGAGAUUAGAAGGCAGAAGAAGAAAGAGAGCAGAAAUCGGGUCUCACCUAGCGAAGCUAUAACCAAGAGGGGUGAUGCAUGCAACAGCCAAAUAGAUAAUUCAACCCAGAAGCAAGGUGCGAAGAAAAGCUGCUGGCGAGAAGCAGAAGAGCUAUGGUCGGUGGGAAAGCAGCUGGGUUUAGUUGACAAGAAUAAUGCAGACGAGGUUAUCCAAAGACUCAAGGAGAUGGAGGAAAGGGAUCGUGCUGCGCUUGCUACCCAAAAAAUGGCUGUCAAAAAAAGGAGAGGAGUGAGGGAUUUAAUCAAGAAGGAAGGAGCAGAUAUAGUCUUCAUUCAAGAAUCCAAAAUGGAGGUAUGUGAUGUUAGAAAAUGCAGAUCUAUUUGGGGUGGGGAUAACUGUAAUUGGGUUAUGAAAUCAGCUCAAGGGAGAGCCGAAGGGAUUUUAUGCUUGUGGAAUUCUAACCUGUUUGACGUAAGUAAAGAACUAGUGGGUAGUGGGUUCUGUGGCAUGUAUGGAGUUUGGGGGAAAGACAAAAUUCCAUGUUAUUUUCUGAACGUAUAUGCUCCAUGUGAGAAUCAUGGUAAACAGUUGCUUUGGAAUGAGAUUUCAAAUUUAAUGUAUGAGUAUGGUGAAGGGAAUUGGUGCAUAGGAGGUGACUUUAAUGCAAUUCAUAAUAGGGAAGAAAAAAGGGGAAGAUCUUUUGAUGACUUAGCCAUGAGAGCUUUCAAUUGUUUUAUUGAGGAAACAGGGCUAGUAGAUUUGCCAUUGAGGGGAAGGAAGUUCACAUGGUUCAAAUCUGAUGGAACAGCAACGAGCAGGUUGGAUAGAUUCUUGGUGUCCACAAAGUUCCUUAUUAAUUUCCCAGAACUCAUUCAGAAAGGUCUAAAGAGAGAUAUUUUUUAUCAUUGUUCUAUAGUGCUAAUCAGCUCCAGCAUGGAUUGGGGGCCAAAGCCCUUUAGAAGCCUUGAUUGUUGGUUAGAGCUCAAGGAGUUUAGUUCUUUUGUUCAGGAAAAAUGGAGCAGCUAUAUAGUGGAAGGAUGGGAAGGAUUCAAGUUGAAGGAGAAAUUUAAAUUGCUGAAGAAUGACUUGAAGAAGUGGAAUAAGGAGGUAUUUGGCCACAUUGAUAGGAAGAUGGAGGAAAUUAGAGAUGAGAUAAAGAAGCUCGAUGAUAAAGCCGAGAAUGGAGUGCUAUCAAGUAGUGAGAUUGAGCAGAGACAAACCUGCUUCCAGCAAUUCUGGGAAUGGUGUUCUAGGAAAGAUAGCUUGUUGUUCCAGAAGUCAAGACAGAAAUGGCUUCAAGAAGGAGAUGCUAAUAGUAAAUUCUUCCAUGGGUGUAUAGCUAAGAGAAGAAAGAGUAAUGGGAUUGAUGGGAUUAUGAGGAAUAAUGUUUGGAUCGGGGAAGUCUCAGAGGUGAAAAAAUUCAUCAAAGAGUACUAUGAACUAAAGUUCCAAGAGGAUGAGUGGAGCAAACCUAGCCUUGAGUUUAAUGAUUUGAAACAACUGAGCUCAGAAGAGAACAAUUGGCUGACUGCACAGUUUACAGAGGAAGAAAUAAAGGAGGCCGUGUGGAACUGCAAUGGAAGUAAAAGCCUUGGACCAGACGGAUUCAACUUCAACUUCAUUAAAAGAUUAUCGCCAACUAUAAAGCAGGAUGUAGUGGCUUUUGUCAAAGAAUUUUGGGUGAAUGGGAAAUUGGUGAAAGGAAGCAACUCGUCUUUUAUUGUCUUAAUCCCAAAGAAAGAAUCUCCCCAGGGAUUGGGGGAUUUUAGGCCUAUAUCCCUGAUUGGAUGCCUAUAUAAAAUAAUAGCUAAGCUUCUUGCUAACAGAUUGAGGAAAGUGAUGCCGUCUAUCAUUAGCCAGAAUCAGUCAGCAUUUGUAGGAAGGAGGCAUAUCGUUGAUGGCAUCGUGAUAGCUAAUGAAGUCAUUCAUGAAGCAAAGAAAAGAAAGAGGCCCACCUUAAUAUUCAAAGCUGACUUUGAAAAAGCUUAUGAUAGUGUCAACUGGAAUUUUUUAGAUUUGAUGAUGGAAAAGCUAGGAUUCUGCUUGAAAUGGAGAAGGUGGAUCAAGGAAUGCUUAUCUACUUCAUCGGUAUCAGUUCUGGUGAAUGGUAGCCCCACAGAGGAAUUCAGUAUAAAGAAGGGACUGCGACAAGGUGAUCCAUUAGCCCUAUUCUUAUUUCUUCUGGUUGCCGAAGCACUUAAUGGGCUUAUUCUCAAAGCAAAAGAGGAAGAGAUGUACAAUGGAGUAACAGUGGGAACAGAAGGAAUGGAGGUCACACACUUACAAUUUGCUAACGACUCUAUAUUCUUUUGUGAGGCAUCAGAUGAGAAUAUAAAGACAAUCAAGGGGAUUCUCCGUACUUUUGAACUGGUUUCAAGACUCAAGGUGAAUUUCUUCAAAAGUGCCCUAUAUGGUAUCAAUGUAAAGAGUGAGGAGAUCAGUGAAUGGGCCGAAUCUCUUAAUUGUGUGGAGGGUUCUAUCCCUUUCAAAUACCUCGGAAUCCCAGUCGGGGCCAACCCGAGAAACUUAUCAGCCUGGACACCUGUUGUAGACUGCUUGAGACGUAAAUUGUCAAAUUGGAAAUGUGAAUCGCUAUCCUUCGGUGGUAGAAUCGUUCUAUUGAAUGUUGCCCUAUCAAGGGCGGAUAGGAAGAUUGCUUGGGUAAGUUGGGAGAAAGUAUGCAAUAGUAGGAAGAAUGGGGGAUUAGGUGUUAAGGACUUGGAUAGAUUUAAUAUGGCGCUCUUAGGAAAGUGGCGAUGGAGAUUGGUGGUGGAGAAAGAAGCUCUAUGGAACAGGGGAGAAAUUCAAAGAUUAUUUAGAUUGGCAGAAGAUACGGAUGCUUUAGUUAAAAAUAUGGGUGAAUGGAGAAAUGGAGAAUGGAUUUGGAAAUGGAGGUGGAGUCGGGAAUUGUUAGGACGUGAAGAUACACUAGUACAAGAUCUUUACAGGCUACUGAAUGGGAGCAAGCUAGAACAAGGACAACAUGAUUCCUGGAGGUGGAAGCAUGAUUCGAAGGGAACGUACUCAACAAAAUCUGCAUACAUCCUAUUAAAGAACAGCAAUAGAGAGACAGACGCAAGAAGGUUUAGUAUGCUAUGGAAUAAGAUGGUGCCUCUUAAAGUCUCUGCAUUUGUAUGGAAAGUUAUGCAAAACAAAAUCCCCACUGGAGAUAACCUGUUAAAAAGAGGAGUAGAUGGAUCAAAUUCUGAUUUUACAUGCAUCUUCUGUGGCAAACAAACUGAAACAGUCAGCCAUUUAUUCUUCACUUGUGAUGCAACUUGGGCAAUCUGGCAUGCAGCUUACGCGUGGUGGGGAUUACAGGCUGUCUUUACGAGUGAAGGCUGGAAGCAUUUGCAACAACACAUGGGUAUGGCGCAAAACAAGAAAGUGAAGGAAAUUUGGGCCAAGCACAAUACAGAUUUGGCUAAGGAAUUAUGGCUUGUGAACCCCAGGGAAGCAUGUAAAUGAAAAGGGAUUUUGACUGUUUUUGCACAGCGAUUGACGGGUAUUUUGUAAAAUGAUGUAACGGGUGGAGUACCCCUUGUACUCAUAUUUUUAUUUCUAAUAAUAUUCAUUUUGCCGA